UUCAACUAUAAUUUAUUAUUAUUUAUUAAUAUUAAAAUUUUGAAAUAAAUUAUUUUUGUUUUGUUGUUUUAUCCGCAGAAUAAAUUGUCAAAGGAUUUGAUGAGACAUUCAAACCAAAUUGGUGGCAAACGAAUAUCAUCUACCAGAUUUACAUACGUUCUUUUAAAGAUAGUAAUGGAGAUGGAAUUGGAGAUUUCAAUGGAUGAUUUUAGGUAUGAUGUAUCAAACUUUGAGAUGGUUGAUGAAUUAUUCGGUACUAUGCAAGAUUUUGACCGGUUAAGAGAUGCAUUCCAAAAACGUAAUAUAAAAUUAAUAUUGGACUUUGUGCCGAACCACACGAGUGACAAGCAUCCUUGGUUCAUAAAAUCUGUACAGCGAAAAGAACCUUACACAAAUGACUACGUGUGGGAAGACCUAAUUAUCGAUGAAGAUGGUAACAGAAAACCUCCAAAUAACUGGUUAGGCGUUUUCAAUAUCGGGUCUGCAUGGGAGUGGAACAAAGUACGUCAACAAUACUAUUACCACGCAUUCCAAGUAAAACAACCAGAUUUGAAUUAUAGAUGUUCGAUGGUCGUCGAAGAAAUCAAGAUCGGCAAUCACGACUGUUCACGAGUAGCGUCUAGGACGAAUCCGUUGUUGGUGGAUGGCCUCCACAUGAUGCAAACUCUGCUGCCAGGAACUGCGAUCACGUACUACGGCGAUAAGCUGGGAGUACAAGACACGUAUGUUCGAUGGAACCAGACUGUAGACCCAUCUGGACGUAACGUCGGAAUGUUGCGAUACACGACAUUCAGUCGGGAUCCCGCUAGAAGCCCGUUUCCCUGGGAUGACUCUGAAAGCGCCGGUUUCACCAACGGAACGCAAACGUGGUUACCCAUCAAUCCGGAAUAUUGGCGCGAAAACUUGGUUCAACUGUUCAAGUUUAAGAGUCAUCUUAGGACGUACAGACAGUUGUCAAACUUAAGGCAGAUACCAACAAUCCUUAAAGGAGACUUGCACACAUACGCUUUUUUUCAAUGGGUUUUCGGUUUUUCAAGGAGUUUUUAUGAUCAUCCAACUUUCUUCGUCGUCAUUAAUUUUGGCAGUAAACUGGAAAAAGUUAAUAUAAAAGCAGCUAGAGAUACAUUACCAGAAGUAUUGAAAGUCAAAGUUUCCAGUAUAAAUUCAGGUUAUGUAACUGGAAACAUGGCAAGAUCAGAUACCAUAAUAAUGAGACCGAAAGCAGCUCUUGUCUUCUCAACAUCAAAACCUAAUGAAGAUAUCUUUUUUUUUCCAAAAACAAUUAAAAUUACUUAUUAAACUAUUGAUGUAGGUGUAUAGGCUUAAGUAAAAAUAAAAUAAAAUUGGUUUUAAAGCGUAUUGCAUAGUUUUUAUUUUUUUUUUCGUAUUAACUAUUAUGGCUGAAUAAAAAUUAAAAAGUGUUUAAGAUUUUCACUAACACUUAAUAUUAAGCUUAUUUCA